GUGGUCGUUAGCUUUCGCCCGCUGUAAAUACACUCCUUUAAACUCAAUGUAUCGUUUCGUAAACUUCUAAUAAACCACAAAAAUUCACCAUGAUUUUUCCCCCUGCAUCGCUGGCAUCCAAUAGGACGAAGCUGUAAGUUCGCGGUAGUGGGGGAGGAUAGCUGUGUUUAUUUUCUUUCAGCCACAGAUGGUUUCAGAGGCUGUGAGACAGAGGUAGAGGAGAACGACAGUCGGGGAUGAAGCCGCAGCUUUGGGGGAAAGUUGCAUUUAUUGCAUGUAUAGCUGGGGCACGAGACAUAAACUCUCACGAUGUUAUUGAACAUAGUUAUGUUUGCUGUUUUGGUUCUGAGCGUCAGACCUGGAGAAGGUUUCCCCAAUUACAAAGAUGACUACAUGGACGAGGACUUGGCCACUUUCGACUAUUACAAAGGGACGGAUGUGUUUGAUGAGGGGAACAGGACGCAGGAGUGUGAGGAGUGUGUGCCGGAGCUGUGCCCGCUCGCGCAGGGCUGUAGAGCAGGGCUGGUGCAGGACAGCUGCGGCUGCUGCUUUCAAUGCGCCAACCUGGAGGGACAGACCUGUGAUCUCGGCCAGAGAAAUGUCUAUUAUGGAUUGUGUGGAGAGGACAUGGAGUGCAAACUGGACAGGUCGGAUGGAGUAGACGGAGAGGAGCCAGAAGCUCAGUGUGUGUGUUUGUCUCAGAAACCUCUGUGUGGCUCAGACGGACAGACCUACAUGAAUCUCUGCAAAUAUAAAGAAGCGGCUUAUUCAAAGCCUGGACUCAAUGUGAGCGACGGGCCGUGCAGGACAGUCCCCGUCAUCAAAGUGCCACCACAUAAUCUGGUAAAUGUAACAGGCAGCAGUAUAGCAUUUCUCUGCGAGGUGUUUGCAUUUCCCAUGGCACUAGUGGAAUGGAGGAAAGAUGGAAAAGAGGUCAUUUUACCGGGCGAUGAUCCUCACAUAUCUGUUCAGUCACGAGGUGGCCCUCAAAAGUAUGAACUUUCCAGUUGGCUGCAGAUCGAAGAGGCCAGUCAGACGGAUUCUGGAACAUACAGGUGCAUUGCUCGAAAUGAGCUUGGGCAAGUCUCAGCCACAGCAAUUUUAGGAGUCCUGCCACCAGAUGAGAUGUCUGUCUAUUUGGAACAAAACAUGAAUGAAAUGAGGGGCUAUGACCAAUUACAAGACUAUGACAGGGAUUAUUACUAAACUUCAGAUUCCAAGACCCUCAAGAAAAACAAUGUUUUUUUUAUUCAUAGACAUUAAAUUUGAGACAUGGCAAGAAGACACUCAGGCUGUAAAUGAAGUAAAAACAUCCCCCCCAGAGCUUUUUCUGGAUAAUCAUAAAAUAACAUGGAAGUGGCGGGGAAGAAGCUUCAAUAAAUUCCCAAUGGCACAGGCCUCUAAAUUUAAUGAAAAACACACAAUGAGAUGAAUGGAGCAGUUUGGGAGCUGCUAGAAGCUCUAAAAUUAAGUACAGAGAGUCAGAGAGUAGCUACUUGAGCUGAAUGCCUCUACAAAACAUGAAGAACUGUGAAAUCUGAAUGAGAACUGAACGAUUAUAUGACAAAUAUAUGCAUUUUAUGAUAAUUUCUUUUUAUAUUAUAAGUACAGUUAUGUAUUUUGACCAGUAGACUUCUAUGUGCCAGAUUUACUAAACGGGGCAAAUUAGUGUGAGAGCGCAAUUCCACAAAUGCGCCAAUAGUGGCAAGUUCUGUGCGUGAUCUACUGCUGACACGCAAAAUAAAGAACACAGAUACAGCCAAAUCAUUUACAUAAUGCCAAUGCAAUCUAACAAGAGCAGCGCAAAUUAGCGUUGGGUCGCAAAUAAGCAGAGCUGAUACUCUCAUCAGGUGCGGGUCGACUUGUUACAUGUAAUCUGACAAACUUGUACACACACACUCACACAUAUGUAAUAUCUUCCUCUGGCAUUCCAGAGAAAUUAAUAUGAGUGGAAAAUAUUUUCUCCCUUCUA